AUGAAGGGCUCCGGCCUCCUUCCUGUCCUCUCCUCCCUCCUCCUCUUCUUUGCAGCUUGUUCUUCGGCCUUGCCAUGGCUGGGCUUUUUCGACAGCAAAGUCGACGCCCUGAUUGUGCCUCGACAGAACCAGAACCAGAACCAGAACAAUGGCGAUAAUGCCUCCUCAACCGGGAGCAAUUCCCCAAGUGCAUCUGCUAGCCAGUCCGCAUCCUCAUCGGGCUCGUCGGGCUCUCAGUCUGGCACAACGAUAACUCCGUCGGCGUCGGCGUCGGGAUCAGGGUCAGGGGCUUCAGGAUCUCAGAACGCGACCACAAUAAGGAGCACAAAAACAACUGCAAUCGACCCUCGCUUACCACCUGGGGGUGUCUCUCUCAUCACGCCCGCUGCAAUUGAUGGCCCUCAAUACUACAAGGUCGGGGAUUUCGUCACCUUUGCUUGGAACUAUACUUCUCUGUCGGUGACCCCAUCUGCGAUCGAUGUGUUGGCGUCCUGCGCCUUGAACGAUGCUACCUACACAAUCUCUUCCAAUAUGUCGGUACAGGAAACUGGUGCGAUUACUUGGGACACUGGUGAAAUGUUCGCAACGGCCACCAAUCCCUUUCCGGUUGCCAGUUAUACCCUGAUCAUCCACGAUUCGUCACAAGAUAUCACCGACAUCCCAAGCGCUGGGUUUUUGGAGGCCUAUGAGCAGUAUGUCUUCGGGAUGUACACAGGACAACCAUAUACUCCGCUGAACGAAUUCAAGUGUGCCACCUGCAGCGGCGCAUUCUCCAUCCAUGAAAAGCAAGCGCUGGGCGUGAUCCUGACGACAUCCGCAAUCACCAUCUUGUCCUUCACAUGGUUCGCCAGGGGGUUUGGCGUGUUCUGA